GCCCCCUGCCUCCCUCCCUCCCUCCCAAUCUCAGAGUCGGAGAACUGGAAAUUUGAAAAUUCUAAGGGGUUCGAUUUCCAGGAAUUAGUUUCUCCGUAAAUCCUUUCGAAUCGCGAAAUCGAAGGCUUCGGAAUUCUGAUAUUUUCUGGAAAAUCGUGUUCAAUCUCACGUUGAAUCUAGCGGCUAGGUUUGGAAAUGGGGCUCUCGCGCAGGAAGAAUGCUAUUCUCCGCGAGAUUUCGAAGGAAUUAGAGAACGGCCUUGUCGAAGAGGAGAAUCUCGAACGCUUGGAGAUUCUGGAGGAGAUUCUACGCGAAGAAGGUACGGAAAUUCCCGAAUCACUGAAAGAAGCAUACCGCCAAGUUGCAAUGGAGUGCACGGUGAGAUGUCUCCUUUAUGGGGUAGAUAUGAAAAGAAGUCUAAUCGAAGCGAUCAGAAGAAUAUGGACGAAGAGGGUAAUGGCGCUCUGCGAUAAAAGUAGUAGUCUGGUCACUCGUGAGCUCAGGGACGACUGCCGAAGACUGAAACUGGCCCUUACCGACGAAAAGGUUUGCGAUACGCUGAUAGAAUACCGUGCGAAGAACAAACCCUUGGUUUCCUUGAAGAAGCUUUUCUCUGAGCUACAUCGGGAAACGGGCGCUUCUGAACAUGAGGAGUCUCCGGAUGAAGCAGGAGAGGCAGAGGCCAGUGGUAAUAGGUCAAGUUCUUCACAAGAUGACGGCAAAGGCAAAGAAAUUGUUCUGGUGAAUGCAUUGCCAGAACUUAUACCUGACUAUGAACAGUUCAUCAUUUCGAAUGAUGGGGAGUUGGUCUUGGUCGCCGAACAUUCCCGUCCUCCGAUCAAGCCCAUCCCUACGCCGGUUUUUGAUAGAGUAUUCAAAGAUCUGAAAGCCAGUAAGCAAGACAUGGUGAAAGCUUUGGAAAAAGCCAAAGCUUCUGGCUUGAAUGAUGUGAGUAAGAAGGAGAAUCUUGUUAUGGCUAAGGCUAAUCUUUCUUCCCAUGAAGAUGCCCCAAAGCCUACCUUGAUGGCACGCAGUAGCAAAGCACAGACUUAUGAGUGGGAAGACUCCAUCGAUGAUUCAACUGAAGAAUCAAAUGGUGAUGGUGGAAAGGCUAACAUUUCAAAACGUAAAAAAAUGGCGAUGUCUCCGCUGAGAAAGGAUGGAGCUUCAAAAGGUCCUAGAAAGAUGAAAAUCGGCUGGACAACUGCAGAAACACAGGCCAUAUUAAGAGGCUAUGAAAUUCAUGGUCCCCAAUGGAAGUUGAUAAAGGAAGAGAAUCCAAUUCUAGCCCAUAGAACUAAUGUGAAUAUUAAAGAUAAGUUUCGGGUUGAGAUGAGGCGUCAGGAGGCUUGUGGACGAACCGCUCGUGUGAGUUACACAUGAUUCAUUCCAUUUAUCUCUUCGAAUCUUGAUUCAUCUGUUUCCAUCAUUUUUCCAAUAAGUGUAUAUACAUAAUUGGAACUAUGUAAACAAAAUUGGUCGGAUAACCGAAUUAUUAGGUGGAGGGCAUUAAAGGAAUCCAUGAAAUGGUGGUGCAGCAAUCACAGCUGUAUAAGAUACUCAGUUCAACUAGUGUUAAAGGGAGGCCUUAUAUAAACCAAAUGCUCACAAAUCAAUGGGCACUCACGUCUUAUAAAUCAAUCUUUAAGACUGAACUUGUUAAGAUUGGUAUAGGGCCUGAUGUGAAUUACUGGGUUCUACAAUUGGUGCAAGACUCAAAAAUCCAUGCAAAGAACCAUGUCGUAAAAAAGGGAUCAGGUAAGAAUGGGUGGGUGAUAUGGUCUCGUGUCAACCAAGUAUGGAACUGGUUUAUUGCUGCUGCUGAUAAGCCAAUAAGGCACCCUUCCUUUUGCAAGCCACGUUUUUAAAACGUGGGUCUUGCCUAAUAGCUAGAGACGAGGUGUAUGGACCUAGUGAAAGCAGGGUUCUUAUGGUAGGACACUAGUUCUUGGAUGUUUUAAGGAGUAAUGGUUUUCAUCAUCCACUUGUGUUUUGACACAAAAGUAGCUCUCUUCUUCAUCUUCCUGAGCAAUUGCUGCUUGAAUUAUCGAUUCCUUGAAUUCAGGGACAGGAGUAGGGACCGGGCUUCUGUCAUGAGGAUGGAUAAUACAUGGCGGCGCCCUCUUCUGUGAUAGAUAGUUGCAUCUAUGAAUGUGAAAAGCUGGGUAAGAUGCUGUAGCCUUCUUCUUCCGUUUCUCCUUGUAAGUGCAUAUGACAGUGGUAGUGUAGUGAAUCGUUUCUGUAUUAGGGACUACAUUCUCUAGUCAUCACGGGAACAACUCACUCUUGUCUCUUAGGUUCUCUUGUGUUUAUCAUCAAACUUGCUAGUAUGGUUCCUUUAUCUCA